AUGGCGCCGACACCAGACGACUUCUCCACCCCGGGGAUGGCGACGUAUGACUCCGACACGCUCAAGGUGGGCGAUGGAACUUGGGAUUUCACCAAGGACACCUUCCUUCUACCCCCUCUAGUGGGUGUAAAUUUCGACACUAUGAGAUUGAACGGCAUGGGGAACCGAUUCGCCUCUCUCACGCAAUACCACACCAUUAUCAUGGCGCACGCCAUUCUGGCCGCCCUCGUCUUCCUUCUCGUGAUACCCCUCUCUGUAAUGACGGUGCGAUUCUAUGACCGCAGACAAGGAUAUGCUCGGUCGCAUCACGCCCGCUUGAAUGUGUUUGGGGGAAUCCUGCUUCUGGUCGUCUUUAUCCUCGGAAAUUUUGCCGUUGGGCGAAAGCGAAGUCUAACGAACCCGCACCACGGCAUCGGCGUCGCAAUUUUCCUGCUCUACAUCCUCCAGAUGGUUGGCGGUCGACUUGGCGAUUGCGCUGCUAGGGAUCGUGCAGAUCCCCUAGGACUCACCCUCUACGGAUCACCGCUCUAUCUCUUCAUCUUGUAUGCCGUCUGGAUGGCGCUUUUGGUCCUCAUUUACUUCAUACUGGAGUUUAGGCGACAAGGAAGACGUGACGCUCACCAUGGUGGCGGCCGGUCAGACGCUCAUAGCCACGCUGCCGGCUCCGAAUAUCCCGCCACCAACUCCGGCUACACUGAAAAGCCCGAGAAGCGAAAGUGGAUGGCGCCUCUCCUGGCUGGAGCUGGUCUUCUUGCAUUCAUCCGAAGCCGAGUGGAUCACCACAAUGCCUCAUCGCACCCCGGAACAAGUUACUUUAGCGACGAGAAAUCUCACUACGAGGAGAAGAAAAAGGGCGGUGGACUCUUCACUAAGCUCGCUGCCGCCGGCGCAGCCUUUGGCGCCUUCAAGAUGAUCUCCGGUAUGGGCAAGAAGGGGACUCGCGGCCAUGAGGACGAGUACUCGGCCGUCUCUACCGACACGCCUAGCCGCCGCUUCCCGCCGCGUCGUGGGGGCCCAGCACCGUCAGGGACCCCGACGAUGGCUGCCCAUGCCAUGAGUGCCGCCUCGGGACCUCCAGGGCCUGCCGGAAGUGCUCGACCUUAUGCUCCCCGCCCCGCCCAUUCUCGAAACUACUCGCGAGGCAGCUUUGACGACGAUUCGUAUGAAAGCCCGUCGAGGCGCCCACAAGACGGGAAAGGUGGCGGUGCCGCCAAAGGCAUCCUUGCCGGCCUCGGCAUGGGUUGGCUCGCGAGCAGGUUUGGCAAGAAGAAGAAGGCGCCGCGAGAUGACGAAAGCUUCUACAAGGAUGAGGAAGACCGACGCUCUGGCCUCCACGGACCCCGCUACACGGGCGAUGGCUUCCCAUCCCCUACGCGAAACAGUCACGCCGGUGGUAGUAGGAGACAUUCUCGGCAACCCUCGCGUCUCGGUAGCCGCCCGCCUCCCUCCCACUUGCUCAGCGAUGAAUCGUCGAUUGCCAUGGCGCGCCCGUCCCGCCCCGCCCCCGCCUCCGGGAUCUGGCUUUGUGCCACCCCCAUGCCUGGCCACGGCGGAUCGCACCGGGAUGUAACGGACCCAAUCAGGAUGCCGGCAAUGCCUCCGGAUCCCCUUGACUCGCGAAGCUCCCUGGAUCGGGCCCCUGGCAAUAAGUUGCAACGACGAGACUCAUCGCGUCGGCGACGAGCUGGUGCCGAAGCUGCGGCUGCGGCUGCUGCGUCCGCUAGUGUUCUCGCCGCCGAGGAAGAGCAGCGGCGCCACCACGAGAGGGGGGCAGAGACUCGGAUACCCCGACGAGACAGCCGCGGAAGACGACAGUUAAAACGCGAGCAGAGGCGGCGCCGUGGCGACUCGGCCAGCAAAGCCCCCGAGUCGGGUACCGGAAUGACGGCCGACGCAGACUCGGCGCUAUCUCCCCGAACCCGGCUUUUGCGGGGAUACGCGACGGCCCAAAGACUCGGCCUACUACUCGGGUGCUGCUGGACGUUCGGCAAUUACACCGCCGCAUUACGGCCAGCCGGUCUCGAGCAUGGGGAGCGACAGUCACGGUACCUGAGCGAGGCGAUGAGCCCGUCACCUGGCGACAGGCCGGGCGGCUCGGCGGCGGAAAACAGGCGUAGGAGGCGGCAGCAGAGGCAGACGAGUCUGAGCACAAGGCCGGUGGCCGGCAACGACAUGUUUGACUGA